AUGAACCCCUUCACGCUCCUCACUGAAUGCCGCUCAGCAUGGGUUGAGCCUGAGAGUGCGAUCGAAGUGCUUGGGCCAACAUUUAUUGUACAUCCAACAGAACCCCCCAUGUGCAUUGCAUUUGACUCUACGAGAGAUCGCGUAACCUUCCCGUCUCUCUCAUCGGCUUCAUCCUCAAGUUCUACUUCUCCGCUUUUGGCCCUCACGCCUACUGAAGUCUCGCAUGUCUGGGUCGUCACUCGUGUUGCUGGAACAGACACGAUAAAUCUCCGAACACCAAGUGGAAAAUUCUUGUCUUGUGACGUCCAUGGUCUUGUCUCGGCAGAUCGGGAAGCUCGGGGUCCUCAAGAGGAAUGGACGCCUGUUAUAUUGUCAGAUACCCAACCGCCUAUGAUUGCAUUCAGGUCCAUGUAUGAGAAACAUCUGGGCGUUGACGAGGUAGCAGGAGGUAAUCUUACUCUUCGCGCCGAUGCGGAAGAAAUUGGCUUCAAUGAGCGUUUCUUCGUUCGAGUUCAGUAUGAGUAUAAGAAGAAAGCCACUGAGGAGGAGAAGAAGAAGCGCCUGGACACGGAAGAGGAUGAACACUACGGGAAAUUUGACGAGGCGACCAUUAACUCCAAAUUCCAGCUCUGGGGUGCAGGGAGAAGAAUAGUGUCAAAGGAUGACGACCGUGAGCUCAAAAAGGCAAGAAAAGAAGGACGACUGAACGAAGCAUUGCUGGAUCGGCGAGCGAAACUAAAAAGUGACAGAUUCUGCUAG